GUGAAAGUUUCACUGAAACCUUGCAGACUGUCUAACGGAAGCUACGUAGGGAAGAGAGUGUGUGUAGUGAGGAAGUAUUAGUUUUCCUCUUCUUGGAGAACAAAGGCGCUACUGUUGAUGGUACAUAGACACACACUCAAGAUGAAUACUGCCACGCAGAAUGCCACAAGAGGCUCUUCCAGUGGCACGCCCGGGACAUCCUCUGCAUCUCGUAGAUGGCAGGAAGGCCCCACACGAAAGAGAAAGCAGAGAUUUUCAGAUGCAGAUCUGGACCACCUUCUGGAAGAAGUCGACAAAAAUCAAGCAACACUUUUUGGUACUCCAGAGACUCCCACCACCCCACUUGAGAGCAGCCGGACCUGGGCCAAAAUUGCUCGGAACAUCAGUGCUGUUGGCAAGAUCCCCAGAGAUGGCACUAGCUGUAGGAAGCGGUGGAAUGAUGCCAGGAGGCAGGUAAAGAAGAGGAUGGCAGACCUCACAAGGGUCACUUGGCGCACCGUGGACACUCUGACACCGUGGGAGAUGAAGGUUGCCAGCCUCAUUCCCACAGAGGAAGUAGAAGGCCUCGGUGUUCUUGAAGCAGGCUUCCAAACCCCAGAGUCAUCAGAGGAUGUGAAAGGUUGGGCUCAAGAGGCACAAGAGCUUCCUUCAGAUGAGGAUGAGGCCAACACUUUUCAUCACAGAGGCCCAGCUUCCUACAUGACUGUCUGUGAGGAUGGUCGUGCAGUGCCCCAAGAAAGAACAAUGUCUGCAGGCAGGGAGCAGGGGGAUGAGCCCGAGGCAGCCUCCAUGUGGGAUGAGAACAGUGCCAGGAGAGACUCCUCGCCAGAAGACACACCGUCCACUCGGCGUCACCGCAUCACACCUGGCUGGCGACAAGCAGGCAUCAGCAUAGGCUCCUUAGAAGCAAGGGGAUCCUCCUUUAGAAGGAGGUCCACCGAUGAACAGCUCAUACGGAUGGAGGAGAGGAUACUGGCUUCGCAAUGGCAGGCCAAUACAGAGAUGAGGGGCGUAAUGGAGCUGAUCCUGUUGGAGUUUCGAGAGCUGAAUUCAAUACUCCGGCAAAGGCUACCUCAAGCACCAUCUCCCUCUGGGGAGAGCUCCACUGUUGUAGAUUCUAGCAGCCAAACGGAAUAAAGAUCCUUCUGUUCUGAAUAAAUAUGUGAAUAAAGCUUCCUCAUGUUCUGUACAGACUGAGCCUGUUGUGAAUAGGGUGACCAGACGUCCCCAUAAAAUCUGGAUUGUCCCGAUAUUAGGGGCUUUGUCCUGUGUCCCGAUCGAGGUACUGUCGGGACGCCAUUUGUCCCGUUUUUUUGAAUAAACGUUGAAAACCCAGGCGUAAAAUCUGACAUUUUUAUUUUCUCGUUAGGAAAUUUAGUAUAUGUGACUGCUGUACUGUCUCGCUGUGCAACAGCAUUCUCUGCUGGUUUAGGGUGUGUUGUUUGAGUGAGUUGGCUAUCCAAUCACAUUAACCUGCAGUCAUAUGAUGCGGUAUGCAUCGUGUUUUUCUUGGUGCAUGCGCUUGUGCGUCCGGUUUUACUGGCGAAGUGUCAUGAUGGCUGGUGUUGUUGACGAGCCUGUCACUAAAAAGCAAAAAAGACAAGUAUUGAAUGCAGUGGGGGGGAAAAAAAUGGAUUCAAUCAUAUGCCCAUGGUCGAGUUAUCCAAUUAGAAUUAGGGUUAUAAUUAGGAUUUCACUGACAUUUCCCUCACCUGUUUAACCUAAAUCAAAACAUUGCAGCACUGACUUUGUUCCACCUGCUACGCACAGUACAGCAGGUCACAGAAAAGCCAGUACAGACGCACUGAUAGGCUGAUUAAAACAUCAUUGUCAUCUGAACAGUAAACAAGAAGGUUAACUGCUUUGGAGUUUUAAAAUUAUAUUUCUCUAAGCUUUUGUUUUUGCCUAAGUGCAAUGCACACAGGAAGGUGAAGGAAUAAAAAAAGCCUAUCUACAGAAGAAAGAUACGUAGUUUGCGUCGCUUGCGUUGUGCAGUAGUUCACAAGGUUUCUUUCCUCCCCUCACCAACUGAAAGUGUCCCGAUUUUUCACUCUUGCUAUCUGGUCACCCUAGUUGUGAAUAAAGAUUCCCCAUGUUCUCUACAGACUGAGCCUGUUGUGAAUGUACAGCCAUGUCCUCAAGGGUGUGUGGCCAUGGAGGGAAUGAUCGUCGUAGGGAAUUUAGGGAACUCUAUCAUAGUCAUACCAAUGUGUUUUUUUUUUUUUUUUUUAAUACUUUAAGUGGAUACCACAAUGUCAGGAAUUUGUGGCUUUUUUAUUUUUAGUCAAUAUGGGAACACAUCCUGUUCCACGUUUAUGCCACAACAUGAUUUUCUGCGACAUGCUUUGACUGCUCAUGCGGAAAUAUCAAUUCCAGGGUUUGGAUUGCAACUCGUAUAAGCUUAUCAAAGAACCUGAAAAACGGUCAAAUAUAAAGCACAAGCCUUGUGGCAGGGGAAACAUGAAACUUGCUCUUUUUAUCGAUUUUAGUUCCACAACAGUAAAAUAAAUUUGUAAAGUUCUUUGACAAACAUUUCAACUAAAAGUCUUCAUCAGUGUCUUCAUGUGGUAUGAGGUUUGGGUGUUCGUAGGAGUGUGUUGACUCCAAAAGAGUCUACAUAAAGAAUCUGAGCAUCAUGAACCAUUCCUCCUCUGGUGUGAACAGAUGAACUGUUACUAAGCAUGCUUGAGACACAUGAACCAGAGGGGAAAAUAAAGUAAAAGGUAACAGCAGCUAUAAAUGCUUUUUUUUGCUUCCUUGCCGCUUCCAGCUCAGGUAUAGAACCAAGACAAUUGCCUGAUGUUAAAAUUAUGAUGAAUACAGUAAUGUCUAGCAAGACAGGAGCUGUUUAAGAAAAUUACUAUUUUAAAGUCAAGUGGACCUUAAAUGUAACCUGAUUAGCAGCUGUUUUAUUUGGAUGUGCCUUCUUUCAUUGAAUUGGAGUUUUGUAUAUUCUGUUUAUUCUUUAUAUUAAGUGAAGAGACUUGGAUGUAUCUAACAUGUGACAAAUUGGCCUUAGACCUGAGCAGUGGUAUCAAAGUGAUUGUUAUCCUUGCCACCAAGGUGCAUGAUGGGUGUCCCAAUGACAAAAGCAGGCAACCUGCUUUCAGACAGUGACUUUCCAAGCUGUAUUGUCUCAGUAAAGUUCCAUUACAGGUGGUGUCCAGAAGAACUUAACCUUUUCAGUGCCACAUCAUUUUUCACAUCUGGACUUAAUGAACAAUUAUUAUUAUUAUUAUUAUUUGCACAAAUGUAUAUUUCUAGUUUUAUUUUGUUUAAAGGUAGUAAUUGGCUUUGUUUAAAGGUAGUAAUUGGCUUUAUUAUUCAGUAGCAUUCUAUGUGCUGAUUUUUGUGAGCCUAUCCUGUAAAUGAAGUUGAGAAAUAUCUACAGAAAUUAACUUUGCUCCUCAACAAACAGUUAAAUCAUGGGCUCAGCGGAUUUAAGCACUGCAAUAUCAGUAAAUGUGAAAAACCGAAAAUAAAAAUAUUACUAAACAAAUUAGAUCUUCAACUAUUUAUGACGUGAGUUAAAAAUUAAACAAAGCACUUUAUACAAACCUUUCCCCCACUUUUCUUUCAGUUCACGUUUUUUGCAUUAGGGCAAGAAGGCAUGGCAAUGUAUUUUUGUUGCAGGGGUUGGCUGAAGAAAAUGAAUUAACAUUUCAAAAGAAACAUGAAACCAAGCAGUAUUGUAGGACAUAAUAAGAAAGGUCUAUGGUCCUUGUUAAAAGGUUGGCUAGGUUGGCUGUUGUAUUUAUUUUAUGAGAAAGAAAUGCUGACUUGCAGUGAAUAGAUGAGACACCUUGUGUCAACCGCUAAACUCUUGUGUUUUCGAGAGCAAUGUGAUUCAUCUAGAUUAAUAAGGAUUCUCAAUGUAUCUUUCACACAAGUUGAUUGUCCUUGGGAGUAAUAUUUACUUAGAUUAAAACUGUAUUGCUGCUGUCUAGCUAGAUUUAAACUGCAACAAGGAAGAGAAACCUCCGGCUCCUAGCGUUGGGUUUUGAAUUAUGCAAUGACUUUUCACUGUAUAGCUUGACCGUGAUGGUUUCUUCUUAUAUUUAUUGUUAGGUGGAUGAUUGUUCGAGGCAGAUAAAGACAGUAUGUUUCUUUUGCUUUGCAUUGUUAUAUAAGGUAAUUAUACAAUUAAUGCAUUUAAAGGAGGUGAGUGUAAACUGCAGGCACACAAGUUAUAUUUAGUGAUGGGCUGAUUUCAAGGACUUUAUUUUAAUUAAGGAAUCGACAGUGUGCUAAAGUUUUGCAAAAAGUGGUGCAAAUUUAAUUUUGGUGCAAAGACUGGACCAAGGUAUCAAACCUGUGUGAGCAGCAUUAACCGAACCAUAGCUAGCAUCUGCAAAUUUGUACUUUUAUUUAUGUAAAAAAAAGUGCCAUUUAUCACAAAUCUUCAUGCUUUGUAAAUUUCCCAACAUAGUUGUUCAAUUGAUGUGUAUACUAGUGUGUACUCCUGAAAUUGCAACAGGCUAAAGUGAAAGAAACUGACCCAAAAUAGAACAAACACACACAAAUGUGUACAAGUAAAGACAACAGGAUUAUUAUCCAGUUCUUGACCCUGAACAUUCAAGAUUCAAACUUCAUUUCUGAGGAGCUGCAAUAGACUGUGGUCUCAGAUCUUUUCAGCAAGAAUAUAAUGUAUUUCUCUCCAAAACCAUUGGGGGCCUGACUCAAUGUCAUGGGGGAGAUGUAUGAGGAGGGGUUGAUAGUAACACUGAAGCAUUUGGGGAACAUUCAUGGAUUUCCCACCAACCCUCCAAAGCUCAAUGGGUUAUAGUACUUCCUUGCAUACAGUUCAUAUUCCAACUGCCUAGAUGUUUAAUUGUGUGAGAAGAUUCUUUUGAGAAACUGAUUGAUGUACCAUGUUGGGAAAAUCUACAUGAAGAAUGAGGAUGGUUAAAGCCAGCUCCUGAAAAUAUUGAGAACAAUAUAUAAUACCAUAGACACUGUAGGCACAGCACAAGGAAAAAGAGCUGUUUUCACUUUUCCUAUGUGAAAAAGUCUUUGUAAUCAAUGAUAAAUGUUAAUGUGGUGGUAUAAUUGUGAUGAGACGAGGUGUGAAAUAAACAGCCACAAUGGCAAAUAAUUUUCAUUGCUAAAUUUAAGACAAUUUGAUUUUGGGGCAGGACUAUUUUGUUGAAAAGUUGGAGUCUUGGAUCACAAACUCAAAUCGGGUUGUCCUGGAGAAACCACGAUUGCAUUUAAUAAGUCUUAAGAUAAUGCCUAAAAUUUCAUAUGACUGCCUUUAGCCAAGGGGACACUAGUCUAGAUGUUGCUAGAACAUGUAGAAUGAAAGCUGUUGCUUCUAAAUUGUUGCUUCAAAUUUCAGGGGACACUAUUCUACAGUAUGUAGAAAUUGUAGCUAGAAUGUUGAUGGACAACACAGAGAAGACAAUACAUAGAUGAUAUUUCCUAUCAAAAAGUUU